AUGGGCCUGUGCGUCUCUGGAGAAAGGGCUGAUUUUGAAGGUGUAGUGCGUUACAACGGACAAACAUUUCUUGGUGUCAGACACGGAGAAGGAACGUAUCUCUAUAAAAAUGGCGACAUGUACACGGGCCAAUGGAAAUGGAACCACAAACACGGGCAUGGUGUUUUGACGCUUAGAAACGGCGAAAAGUGAGUUUAUUUCACGUUCAUUACUUUUUAAUUACUAGUUUUGUCAAUGAAUAAAUAAAACUUAAACGGCUGUCACAAUUACUGGUAAACCCAGAAGUUUUGGCUAUACGGCCGCACUUGGGGAAUUUACCGAGUUAUUUCCAAUUAACUAAUUAAAGUCAACUCGUUUAAAAAAACUGCGAGUGCGGCCGGGUUUUCUACAGUCUUAACCGGGUUAUGCAAAUCAAGGCAGAACAAUAGAUUUUCUUAACCAGGUUUGGUUUUUUUAAAACACCUCGCGAGGUAGUUUAACGUAGGUUUUUAAACCUUCAUCUCCACCUACGCGUGAGAAUGAUCCAAGUUUUGGCUUUACCAUGCACGUAAGCACAAUUUCGAAAUUGCUUCUUUCGCUCGAAGUUCAGUAUUUCUUUCUCAGUAACACAAAUGAGUUAAGACUUUGAAGAAGUCGACCCCUUUUUCUCGGUAAUACGGGGUCAAAUUUUGUCAGUCACUCUUAAGCGAGUGUUACGAGUGACUCUAGCGAGCGGAAGAAGAAACAAAAAACCGCGUGACAUUGAAUGACUUUGUGAAAUUCUAAAUUGAGUCCAGCCACUGAUAUAAAUUAACCUGGUUAAACUCUUUUAACCAGGUUACGUUCUAAAGAAUUUUUUACCAGGUUUUUCAAAAACUAACUCGGUUAAAGGAACAGUGUCACGACUGUGCGCACGCGCGAGCGUCAUCUGUUUUUUCUUCAAAGACAAUAGAACUGUCAUAUUUACUCGACAAGAUUCUCAAGUAAUAUUUUAGACAUUCGAAGAAGUGUUUCGUCUUAUUAAAAAUCUGGCUCGCGGCACGAAAACUAGCCUGUGUAGCAAGCGUUUCCGUUUGGUUUCGGAGCAAAACGAGACCGUGGAAGGGGAUUUUCGGUUUUGAUCGCGCGAGAAAUUAAACGAGAACCAAAAAAUGAAAGAGGGGGAGGAGAGGGGAAGAAAGGAAACCUUUCUUUCCUUCUUUCUUUCCUUUUUUCUUUCCGUCCUUUCUUCGCCACCCCCUCCCCUGUCCUUUAGUUGACUGAGGGGUCCUCUUUGCUUACUUUGAUUACCUGCUAGAAUCAGUUGGGUUCAAAACUUGCAAAUUGGGAGGAUCUCACGGCUCUAAAACAACAUCUAGUAAACCGGCCGUUUUCUCCUCGUUUGUUCUGUUUGUUCUCGUUUUGUUUCGUUUAUAUAUAUAUAUAUUUUUCUGGGGACUCAACACUUAUUCGACUUGUGGAAUUAGCUACCACUUUGAAAUAUUAAUUAGCCAAGUGGACCCUACCAAAAAAGAGUUCAUUUCAUGCCCUGGCCAACGAUGAUUCAGUUAUUCUGAAUUGAUUGAUGUUAAACGCAACUUCGAAUGUUUCUUUACUUUACUUUACUCUUUAAUAAUUCCAGUGUAAUUCACUUUAAUUGACAAUCGAUCUAAAAAAUAGUAUCGCUCAGUGUAAUUCUAUUUUGCCACCAUAAUUCAAAUUUCAGAGUCUUUACAUAGGUAGGUUAUUUUUAAACAUGAUUUAUAAUUACUUUUAAAACGGUGGAAACAUUCACUAUAAUUAACUUUUGGAAGGUAGUAUUAAGUCGAAUCCCGUAUUUUCGAGGAGUUAAAAGACAUUUAAAGUUGAGCAGGGAACUAUAGUUUUUAACACACAAACUUUAUUUCAGGACUUUUACAACUAGUGAUCAAGGAAAAAAGCGAACCGAAGCGAUGUGAAGUAUAGCGGUACUGAAAAAUAACAGUUAAACAAACACAAAGUCAAGAUAAAACAACCUAAAAACUGAAAGAAAGCAAUAAGGCAAACUAGAAAUGCGAAUGCAACAAACGAGAUCCUUACAAGACGAUAGCGGGAUAAGGACGAAAUACUAGGACGAGCAAAGAUCCAAACAUCAAACUGUAAACUGGANCAACAUCUAGUAAACCGGCCGUUUUCUCCUCGUUUGUUCUGUUUGUUCUCGUUUUGUUUCGUUUAUAUAUAUAUAUUUUCUUCUGGGGACUCAACACUUAUUCGACUUGUGGAAUUAGCUACCACUUUGAAAUAUUAAUUAGCCAAGUGGACCCUACCAAAAAAGAGUUCAUUUUAUGCCCUGGCCGACGAUGAUUCAGUUAUUCUGAAUUGAUUGAUGUUAAACGCAACUUCGAAUGUUUCUUUACUUUACUUUACUCUUUAAUAAUUCCAGUGUAAUACACUUUAAUUGACAAUCGAUCUAAAAAAUAGUAUCGCUCAGUGUAAUUCUAUUUUGCCACCAUAAUUCAAAUUUCAGAGUCUUUACAUAGGUAGGUUAUUUUUAAACAUGAUUUAUAAUUACUUUUAAAACGGUGGAAACAUUCACUAUAAUUAACUUUUGGAAGGUAGUAUUAAGUCGAAUCCCGUAUUUUCGAGGAGUUAAAAGACAUUUAAAGUUGAGCAGGGAACUAUAGUUUUUAACACACAAACUUUAUUUCAGGACUUUUACAACUAGUGAUCAAGGAAAAAAGCGAACCGAAGCGAUGUGAAGUAUAGCGGUACUGAAAAAUAACAGUUAAACAAACACAAAGUCAAGAUAAAACAACCUAAAAACUGAAAGAAAGCAAUAAGGCAAACUAGAAAUGCGAAUGCAACAAACGAGAUCCUUACAAGACGAUAGCGGGAUAAGGACGAAAUACUAGGACGAGCAAAGAUCCAAACAUCAAACUGUAAACUGGACCAAGCGCAACUAACGAAGAACUGACGCGAAAAUUAUGAUGAAGCUAAAUAUACGAUAUGCAGAAAAACCCUAACACGAAGGCCAAAGCUACGCGGACAAUGAAAAACUAAUGACCAAAAAACAACACUAAAGGCGCGAACACGAAAAUAACUAAAAACGCGGCGAACAUAAAAAUACUAUAAAGGUAACGGAAAACAUUCCUCGCGCUUACACCCGGGAGUAAUAAGUGAGCAAACCGUUUGUAAACCUUGGUAAUUCAAUCGAGUACUUGGUUACCAAGAGCCAUAGGACCCAACAAGGUUCUAUUAUUUGGAUUUACCUGACAGAGCUAUUUCUAAAAAGAAAUGAAAAUUAAUAAUUUUGGCAAUAAGAAAGAAAAUCUGUAGCUUACCUUCCUCUGCUGGUAGCCUGAGAUCAGGCCCAAUUUUAGUGGUUCCCAUACAUUCUCUUUAACGGCUACCGCCUUGCCUGCCGGAAUUAUGCUAUUUUCAAAGCGAAACGUACACUGUUCACAGUCUCCUAUUUUUUCGUGAGAUGAUCGUUGAGAUAUAGCGCGCCUUACCGUUAAGGCGGCCAUCUUGUUUUCAAAUGUACCGAAGGGGCGGGCGUCGGGGAUCAUGAUUGCUUUAGGGGGAGGGGGGCGCUUCCUCCCAAACCGCCUCCGCCCCCUGAGUAGUUUUGACACUCAUGCAAGAUGGCCCCCGAUCUGGACCAUCUUACGGAAAAAUAGAGGACUGUGAACAGUCAAGAGCCAUUAUAGGUCCUAUUAAGGCUCUUGGAACAGUCUACUCGCACCUUCAGUCACGUGCGUGGUCAUUUUUCGUGUCUUGCGCUUUUCGCUCAACGGACUGAGAAGAAAAACGAGAGACUGCUUGUUGUCUAUCGAUGUUGUAACAAAAAGUGCCAGUAGUUUGGUUAUGUCAGUCAUCGAUUCUAUCUAAUAACUUGCAUAAUCUAAAGAGUAAAACGGGUCUUCCAUAUUUUUUCUUUCACUUACACAGAAUACGAGGUUUCUUCUAUCGUAGUGAAUAUAUAGGAACAGAACCUGGCAACUUAUUCGCCGCUACAACGUGUUGUUGUUUGGGAGAGACAAGGUAUGACCAUCCAUUCUAUUCUAAAUUCACUUUUUCAUCCACCUUUUCUUCCGACAGUCCAUUCAUUCGUUUGUUCGUUCAAUCGUCCAGUCGUUUUAAUCACUGAUUAAGUAAAUCAGUGAGUAAAUAAGCCGAGUGAGUGCGUGAAUGUUUAAAUGAUUCAUUCAUUCAUUCAUUCACUCACUCAUUCAUUCAUUCAUUCAUUCAUUCAUUCAUUCAUUCAUUCAUUCAUUCAUUCAUUCAUUCAUUCAUUCGUUCAUUCGUUCAUUCGUUCAUUCGUUCAUUCGUUCAUUCGUUCAUUCGUUCAUUCGUUCAUUCGUUCAUUCGUUCAUUCGUUCAUUCGUUCAUUCGUUCAUUCGUUCAUUCAUUCAUUCAUUCAUUCAUUUAUUCAUUCAUUCAUUCAUUCUUUCCUUCCAUUUUUUCCCUCACUUUUUGAUGCAGCGGACUCCUUUGUUCUUUAGACUCUUGCCUCUAUAUACGGAUCGGUUGUAAAUGAUUCUUCCCGAUUUGGCCUGGCACGAAAAAUAGAGUUUGCGCUGUCCAUGUCCGUGGUUAGAGGAGAAGGGAUGGGGGCUGGUGGACGUUAAGGAGAUGGGGGUGAUAGGGCAAGAAAUCGGUCACGUCUCAGGAACCGGCAAAAAAUGAAGAAACGAAGCACCAUCUUCUUUAGCUUCUUGUGAUUUUCUUCCGCAUCAAUGUUUAAUUUUUUGUUCGCACUAAUCGGCUCCUGAUGUGAGACAUUUUGUGUAAUUAAUAUGCUAUUAACCCCUAAUGAUGGAAUUAGGGCCGGUCGAUUCCGCUAAAACGUUUUAAAAAUUAAGUCGUUAUUUUACCAGAUCUAUUAACAAUUACUUUGCUUUUUAG